GGGACGCAGCUCAGGAUCUUCUACUCUGUAUCUCCAGGUGUCUGUGGUUCUUAGGAUAUUAGAAAAAACAUGCUGAAGAUUCACCAUAAGGCAUGGCUAUUUUUGUUAGAAGCUGAUACUUUAAACUAAGUUUUAAGUGUUGCCUCUGGAAGUCCUUAGUUUGCUCCGAGAAGGCAAGAGUCUGAAGGGGAGACAGAAAGUUUGGAGGGGCACAAAGAAGAAGGAACAGAAUUAGAAAAAGCAGUGGACCUUCCUCCUCCUCAUUCUGCAGUUCCUGCAAGAGUCAGCAACAGUUAUAUAAGCUUCCACAGUAGAUCUUGACCUUUUAAACAGAGUAUCUCUUACCAUCAUCAUCAUGGCCGAGAUUACAGCAGAAGGACAUAUGUCUACAACCACGACAAUAAUAGAUGGUAAGAAUGAAUCUGUUCCUUCAUCAUCCAUGAAAGUGGGCAAAAAAUCUGUUACGGAGGACCUUGUGACAACGUUCAGCUCACCAGCAGUAUGGAUUCUUGUCGUUGCUCUGAUUGUUACCUGGUCAGCAGUAGCUAUUGUAAUGUUUGACUUGGUGGAUUACAAAGCCUUUGCAGCCACCUAUUCACAACAUUGUGAUGAUCCCUGUUUACCACCUGGAAGAUCUGUUCACAAGCUCAGCACAGAACCACUGAGAAUCAUUCAUGAGACAUUGGAAGAAUCCACUGAUUGGCUUUAUGGCUUUUUUUCUUUACUGUCUGACAUCGUAUGGAGUGAUGAUGAUGACAGUGAUGAAGGUGAAGUGGAACCUUCCCUGACAAAAGAAAUUCCCAAACAGAAGCUGGAGAGAUAUGAAAAGCAAACACCAACAAAAGUGACACAUAAAGACAAACUGGAAAGACAAGACAAACAUGGAAAAAAGGAAAAGCAUGCAGCUAUUCAGAGAGAGAAACCUGAAAAGCCAGAAAAACAUGAAAAGAAAGCACCUUCUAAAGUAAUUCAAAAAGACAAACCUGAAAGACAUGAAAAGGCUGAAAAGAAACCUCCUCCCAAAGAGGAGAAGAAAGUAAAGAGCACUAAAGUGGAAUCAAAAGUUAAAAAGGACUUGAAGGAUGGAAAAGCAGAAGCAAAGAUGACUGAGAAAGUCAAGCAGGCAGAGACUAAAACAACAGAAGUUGGGCUAAUAAAGGCCAAACCGAAGGUUAAGGAGGAGAAAGCUCUUCAGACUGUAACUAAAUCUGAAAAGAAAGAUCAAUAUGCGUUCUGUCGCUAUGUGAUUGACAUGUUUGCGCAAGGGGAUUUUUAUCCAGGACAUAAGGAAAUGGUACCACCUCGUCUUCUUCUAGAACAUAGUCCAAGAAAGAAAACGGCAAUUACUGAAGGCAAGUUUGAGUUUUUUUCUCCUUUAUUGGUUUUUGGUCAUUAACUUGACUCUCUGUUUAAUGGAUUUUGUUUAUAAAUAUAAUCUAUAUUAUAAAACUGAUCAAGCUAUUAGGCCUGGGGCAUGAAUGGCACAAUCAUAUUUACAUGACAAGACCUUAUAUUCCUUAUAGUAGUCCCACAGAUGGCUCAUGGGAUUUCCCAAGUGAAAAUAGAUUUCAGAAUAAAGGCUUAAUCUGUAAGAUGCUGUGGAUGGUUUUCAGCCAUAAGAUGCCAUCUAAUUGUAUACAGAAUCAACAUUAUACUCUUAAUAUACUUUGGAUUACUCUUUCAGCUAUUGUUAUUCAGUAAUAUUUCUGUGUAUUUUCUGCAAUAAUGAGCAUAAUAUUUCUGGCUCUGCAUUUAUCAAUCUUAUUCUUACUGUUAAAAGCACAGAAAGAAAAAUACAGUCAGAUCUUACCUUCAGAAGAAUAAAACAUAACCCUUACAAUAGAAUUAUAUUGUUUACACUCUACUAAUAUGAGUAAAACUUUUGAAACAUGCAUUUUAGUUUUAAAAUGGACUAUGUCCAAUGACUUAGCACUACUACUGUAAUAUACAUUCUUGGUCUUUACACCAUACAAUUUAAUAGUACAAAAUGUGUGUCUUUUCAUGUAAUUAUAUAGCAGUUUUUCUGUAAUAUUUUAGAGGCAUUCAGUCACACCAUCCACUUGCUAAUCUCUCUCAUAAGUCCUAGCUCUAUGUUUUCCAGAAAGCAAUUGCAGUCUGAGAGAAAAACAGAUGGGAUGGCAGCAGAAAAAGUAACAAGAGCUAUAAGAGUUGCCUGCGUUUGGAAACAGAAAAUGAGUUAGAUUUUGGCAGAACCUCUCACUAAAACAAAGAGUUAAAUUAUAUAUUUCCAUAAUGUGGUUUAUUAUCUCUUUCCCCAAAAUCUCUUUUACCUCAAAUUAAUAUUUCUAAACAUACUGUUUAUAGGAGUAUAAAACUGUGGGUAUUGCAACACAAUAUAGUAUAUAAAUAGAUCUGCAGUCCUGCUUGGUUUAGGGAAAUAUUUGAUCCCUGCUUAUCAGGAAGAAGUCCCUGCAAUGUUAAACACUGUUAUCCACCAAUUAACCAUAAUGGACAAGAGACAUAACAGAAGAAGACUGCUGCAUUUGUUGAGUGAUAAACGUAAUCUUUAAAUAUAACUGUUAUACAACAUGAAUUACCGUCAAAUUAACAUUAAGUUCUUGAUUUUCAAAAUUAUGAACAGCAUGCAAUUACUGCAAUCGCACAUGGAAAUUACUAUUUAUGACCAGUUACACAUUUGUGUGUUUCAUUAGCUCAUUUGUGCAUGCAAUUGAGGUAAUUGUGAAUGUAAAUUAGACACCUAUUUGGCAAACAAAUUGAGGGGGCAGAUUAUCUGCUCAGAAUCAUCCAACUUAAUUCACUUUAAGGCUCAAGGCCAGUCACUAGGAUACAAUAAUACACAAUAUUGUUCAUGCAAGUGGUUUGGAGAAACUGAUGAAGAAUUACUUAUAAAAAUGCUGCUGUGAAAAGCUGUUAUAGUGUGUUAUUCUGUGGUUACCACAAAUGAGAAAAUAUCCUUCAGGAACCCUAAACUGUGAAGCUUUAUCUCACCCGUGGGAAAAAUAAUUUAGUAAUUUGUGGGAAUACUUGGCACAACAUCAGAACAGAAAAAGAGUACUAGGCAGGGAAAUUUAAAUCUCUGAAAUAGCUGAAGAAACACCUUUCUGUGACUUUCUAAUGCUUACAUACCUAUAUCACUGUUACACGACUAAAUAUCACUGAACAGUUGAAAAGACAGAUUGAAAGAAAAGAUUCUUAUUAUAUAGUUGAAGGUAGUAUAAUUUCUCAUAAUAUGGAACAAUUACAAGCGCUUGUUAAUUGAGAAAUGUACUUUAUAGAACAUUGAAAGGACUAGCCCAGUGCUUGACAGAAGCAACCAGCUCCGCAAAAAAGCUAAAACCGUAAGAAAAAACAGAACGGUUGUCACACAGAAAAUUCAUUAUACCAGUCUAUUUAGACACUAGUCUUUCCAACUCACUGAUAUUCUGACACUAGAUAUGAAAACAUGUAGCUGGUAAAGACUAAAAAAGGUCUAUUCUCUUUCUGGUUUGAGAUGUUUUCCCUAUAGCCCUAUUUUGCCACUGCUUUCUUACGUAAUCUUGGACCAUCCUUGAUUUUUGAUAAGGUGAAAAUACUGGCAAUAUGUGUGAUAGAUGCUUCUAACAUUUCUAAAUUAUUUUAUGCUUUCAAAUAGAAAGCUUUUCCUGGAUAGUAUAUGAUGCCCAGUAGAAAUUA